AUGGCGUCCCGGUCGGAGCCCACUGCGUACGGCACGAGCUCGCUUGCGAGUGACGAGCGGCUGAGCGCUCGCGCUGCUGCUCGACGCAAGUGGAUCAAGUGGGGGCUCAUUGGCGCGUCCACGGGCAUCAUCGCCGGUGGGCUGUUGGUGCUGGGCUUCUCCACUUCUGGGUCGCACUCGGCGGCCUCGACUGUGGCCACUGCGACGCCUGACGAGGGCGACGUCACGUGCUUCCAGAGCUCGUACGUGGCCAAUGUGACCAACAUGAUGCAGCCGAUCCAGGGUCUCAAGUGGCAGAAGGGUGGAGAGAAGAACGUCAAGUCGUUCAUCGCCGUGGACCUGGACACCAAGUUCCAGGAGAUCAUGGGCUUCGGAGGUGCCUUCACGGAGGCGGCGGCGCUGCAGUUCCAGAAGCUGUCGCUGGAGAAGCAGGAGGAGGUUCUGACGCUCUACUUCGACAAGGAGAAGGGCAGCGCCUACAGCUUCGGCCGCGUGCCCAUGGGUUCGUGCGACUUCUCGGUGGCGUCCUACAGCUUUGCUGAGACGGUGGACGACAUGGAUCUGGUGGACUUUGAUGUGGACGUGACGCACGACAUGGAGACCAUGAUCCCGUUCAUCAAGCGCGCGCUGGAGCGCCGCCCCGACAUGAAGCUGUUCUUGGCGCCUUGGAGCCCUCCGGCCUGGAUGAAGCGGUCGAGCUCGGAGUACAACGCCAGCAUGCUGGGAUCGUUGAAGCCCGUUGGACUGAGAGACGACAUGCGUGCACCAUGGGCACUCUACUUCUCCAAGUUCAUCACGGCCUACAAAAAGCACGGCAUCCCGUUCUGGGGUCUCUCGCCGCAGAAUGAGCCGGAGUUUGCGGCGCCGUGGGAGGCUUGUGCUUAUGAUCCUGAGUAUGAGGCUGAAUUUAUCGGCGAGUACUUGGGGCCCGUUCUGGACCGUGAUCACCCGGACCUCACGCUCAUGGUCUUUGACCACAACCGCAACAAUGUACACCACUGGGCGGAGGUGAUCUACAACCACCCCACUGCCAGCAAGUACGUCGACGGUAUGGCCUUCCACUGGUACGAGGACGGCGGUGAGCGCUACAUGGACGGCGUGGACUACCCUGAGCACCUGAACGACACGCAUUACGUGGACCAGAACCGCUUCAUGCUGGCGUCUGAAAGCUGCAACUGUCCCGGUGUUGCAGUCGGGCAGGACGCGUGGUUCCGAGCCCAGCGCUACGGCCACGACAUUCUGUCGGAUCUCAACAAUCACGUUGCGGGCUGGGUUGACUGGAACUUGCUGCUGGACCACACCGGUGGCCCCAACCACAAGGGCAAUCUUUGCGAUGCCCCGAUCAUCUUGACCAAAGACGGCUCGGACUUCAAGAUCCAGCCCAUGUACUACUUCAUCCAGCACUUCUCUCGGUUUAUCCCAGUCGGCUCGCGUCGCGUGAACGUGCAAGUUGCUGCUCACUUCGAGAAGCCUGGUGAUGCGCAGCUGUACGUGGACUACCAGUCUUCCCUCGCAACGUGCGAUGGUAGCUCUCGCCAGACGCUUCACAGGACGGAUGAUAACAAGGUGCAGGUGACGAACACGCCAUUCUGCUUGAACCUGGUGCCAACCGCAAGUGAAGGCCACGAAGUCCGACUGGGUGAGUGCCGAUGGAUGCAGCAGACUUGGACGUUCGAGGAGGACACGCAACGCAUUCGUAUCGACGAUAUCUGUCUGUCUCUGAGCCGUGGAUCGACGGAGGAUGGUGUGCGUGUCACUGCGGACAAGUGCGAGGAUGAGGUGGUGCCCCACCAGCAGUGGACGUUCAACGCUGAAGACGGCACGCUGCGCUCGCUCGCGUCAGCGACUGACCAGUGCGUGACGACGGGCUACUCGUUCGUCCAGGCGACUGCGUUUGUGACGCCCGAUAACCGCAAGGUGCUGGUGGUGAUGAACGAGAACACGGAGACGGCUGAAUUCCAAGUGCAGGUGGGCGACGACGUGCUGGACACGUCGGUUCUGUCUGGUGCUAUCCGCACGUUUGUCUGGUAA